AACAGGAGAAUGACUGUUUUUUAACUACAGUUUCCAAAUUUAAAAUAUAUGAUAUUUUAUAAAUCAAGAUAACAAUGACAGCUGUAUAAAUUUUUAUAGAUUUUCAUAAUUAUCUUCAAAAUCGAAGUUUGUAAUAUAAAACCUAAAAACUAAAACAAAAACUAAUUUUUUAGGACAUAAAACAACAUAAACUUGUCAGGAGAAUGACUGUUGUUAGCAGCUCUAUAUAUAAAGUUAAGACAUACAAACUCGCAGACAUAAUAAAAUUACUGUUUUUUGAAAGAUCUACAUUAAACUCAAGACAUACAAACUCGCAGACAUAAAAUUAGAUAGUGGGAGAGAUCCAAGACAAGGAAGAAAGCAAGGACAGACACACCCAAAGAUUGCAAACAUUAGAUUCAACUUAAGAUUAGAUUGUAAGAGCCAAAGCAAACAAUACAGAGAGAGAGUUGCAAACAUAAGAGUCGGUAAAGAAAGCAUGACAGGAGAGCCUUCUCUAUGCAUCAACGGAUGUGGCUUCUUCAGCACGCCACAGACCAAGAACCUUUGCUCUAAGUGCUACAACAGUUUUUUAAAGGAUGAGUCUGCCAGAUACUUGGACACUAUAAGAGACCACAUGACAACAGCAACAGUGGUGGAGAAGUCUGAAGAGGCAGUUGUGGUAAAGAAUAAAAAGAGGAGUAGAUGCAAUGCGUGCAAUAGAAAGGUGGGGCUGCUAGGAUUUGAAUGCAGGUGCGGCCAUGUGUUCUGUGGGUCUCACCGUCACCCGGAAGAACAUUCUUGUCUAUCGGAUUAUAAAUCUGCCGCCAUUACCGAGUUAACUAUCCAAAACCCUGUCAUCAAGCCUGAUAAACUGUAUAGAAUCUAGUCAACCUUUGAUAAAUGUUUUUUUUUUCUUUUGUCUAUAGCUUUUCUUUUGUUUUGUUUUGAUUAACAGAGUUUUUAUGAAUAUUGCCUAACAUAACAUAACAUGUUUAUAAGUUACCUUAACACUUGCUCUAUCCUUAAAAUUUAAAAUAAUGUUUGUAAUGUAUCUUGUCUUCGUACAGUUCAAUUAGAUUAGUACAUAUAACCUUCAUGGUGUGCUCAAUAAUGAAUUCUUCAUGUGAAGAAUGGUAUUGGCUUUAUAUGGUUCACAUACUAUACCAUGGCACCACUCGCAAGUUUGUCGUGAAAGCAAAACGUUGGGAAGAAUAGUAACAGCAAUAUCAUAAAACGGUUUGAUAGUAUCACCGGAGUUUUAUAUACGUAUCUUCCCUGAGUAAACAUUUGUUAUGAAGUGUGGUGCAGCGGUGGUCGCACUUAUAGAGUAUUUAUUUUCCUUCUAAAGGCAAUCACACCAAUCUUGUUUACUUGACGUCUCAUUCCCAUACGGCCAUACCCAAGUGUGAGGCAAUGUUUGUCAUGUACCAACUAGAUAAUCAGCUCAACCAAGAAAAGAGAAGAUAUGUUAAGG